UUUUUUUUAGAUAUAAAGAUUGGUCCUUUCCUAAAAUUUGGAACACCCCAAGUUUUGUUCUUUGAGUUAUUUCUACUUAAUUGUAGAAUUAGCAUAAAAUUCUGUUUUUCUUGUAAAGAUUGAUUCUUUUUCAAAAUAUGAAACACCCUAAGUAUUGUUCUUUUGGAUUCUUUUACUUUAUGUUAAGUGUGGAGUUUCAAUUCUAGGCACUCUUUCAGAUGGGUUUUUGUGAUAUUAAGAUGGGAUUUUUUUUAGUUUGCUCAAAGGCUUUAAUUUUCUAGUGGGGAUGGUUAUAAUACUCCCGCCGUUUCAAUUUGUUUGUCUGGUUUUAACUUGGCACGAGUUUAAGAAAGGAAAAAAGACUUUUGAAUCUUGUAGUCUAUAUGAGUAUCAAAAUGCCCUUUUAUCUUGCGGUCUUAAACAUGACAUGUGGAAAGUUUGAAUCAAAGAGUUGCCAAAAAAGAAAGAGGCAUUCUUUUUGAAACGGACUAAAAAGGGAAGUAAGACAAACAAAUUGAAACGGAGGGAGUACGGAGGGAGUACUCUUUCUAAGCUCUUGUAGGCAGUGACGAAUUACAGUGUAGAGAGACGGGUGUUUUUAGCUUUUUGAAUUGGAAGUUUCUAAAUUUGAUGUGAGCUUAGCAUUUGCACAUGUUACAAUACUUCUACAUAAAGGUUGACGUCAACCAAUAGCAGUGCACCACCAUCAUUAUUUGCUGAUAAAAAUAGAUGCGAGCUUGGUGGUUAUGACUUCACUCAUCGAAGGUCUUCCCGAUGCUGUUGCCAUUAGGUGCCUUGCACGGGUUCCAUUCUACCUUCAUCCGAAGUUAGAGCUUGUUUCCCAUUCCUGGAGAGCUGCUAUUCGAAGUACUGAACUAUUUAAAGUGAGACAUGAGGUCAACUCAUCCGAAGAAUUUUUAUGCGUAUCUGCAUUUGAACCUGAAAACUUAUGGCAGCUCUAUGAUCCGACGCAUGACCUUUGGAUUACUCUCCCUGUUCUUCCCUCAAACAUCAGUCAUUUCGCUCGAUUUAGUGUUGUGUCUACUGCCGGAAAGUUGUUUGUUUUAGGUGGUGGAAGUGAUGCUGUGGAUCCAUUGACGGGCGACCAAGACGGAAUUUUUGCAACUGACGAGGUCUGGUCGUAUGAUCCCGUAACCCGAGCAUGGGGUCUGUGUGCGUCUAUGCUUGUCCCUCGUGCCAUGUUUGCUUGUUGCGUUUUGGAUGGGAAGAUAGUCGUUGCAGGGGGUUUUACUAACCACAGAAAGUCGAUACACAAUGCGGAAAUCUAUGAUCCUGAGACGGAUGUCUGGGUUCAAUUACCCGAUCUCCAUCAUGCGCACAAUUCCGCAUGUUCGGGGGUAGUUUUUGGUGGUAAAGUUCAUGUCUUGCAUAGAGGUUUGUCGACUAUUCAGGUUUUGGAAAGUUUCAGGCAGGGUUGGAUUGCUCACGAAUAUUCUUGGCUUCAGGGCCCGAUGACUGUCGUUAGGGAAAACCUUUAUGUUAUGAGCAAUUGGUUUAUUCAUAAGCAGGAAGGAGAAUCAAGGAGAGUGAUUGUUUCAGCAUCCGAGUUUCGUAGGAGAAUCGGGUAUGCUUUGAUAGGGCUCGGAGAUGAUAUUUAUAUAGUUGGAGGGUUUAAUGGACCGGAGCACUGGAAUUGUGACAUCAAAGUGCUGUCUGAUGUUGAUGCCUUGACCCUCGGAAGUGAGAGGCCAGUGUGGCGUAAGGUUGCUCCAAUGACGAGGUGCAGAGGUACAAUCCUUGGCUGCACACUGCUGAGAAUUUAGGACAUGCAUAAUGAGGAUGAAAUUCAUCGCGGUGUCCUCGGAUAAAUGCUACGAACCACGUCUGACACUAAAGGGGCUAAUAGCGAAUAGGAAAAGCGAAUUGAGAUUUCAGAGUUACUUGGUAUCUGUUGCUUUGCUGGUGGGAGGUGGAAGAUAUCUCGUGGAAUUAGUCGAGAUGCGUGCAAGUGGGCCCGAACACUGCAGUUAUAAGGGAAAAAAAAGAGAAUGAAUUGAGAUUUCUAAUGUUGAAUGGAGGCUGAGGGUAAAACAUGUUCCGUGCCUCGCCCUUAUCUCCUUUGUCGUAGACUGAAGAUGAUUGGAAACCUAUUUGAGACGACUUUUACCAGUCGUCUCAGUAAUGACGGACUUUUUUAUUAGCUGUAUGAUUAGCGGCUUAGCUAUUAGCGGUCUAGAGCUACGGUAAAUAAAGUCCCGUGCCGGAAUCGUGGAAGAAAUGAGAUGUUCAGUUUUCUUGCACCCUCCUUAUCUAGUGUGUAAAUCCUAUUGCUUUCAGUUGUUUGGUUCUUAGGAGAUUUUAACAUGAUAACACAUGUAUUUGCAUUAAGGAGAACUACAGUGCUUAAUAUUUUUGGGUUCUAUUUAAUCUGUGUAAUUUGAGACUUGAGAUCGAGUUUAAAUGGAGUAAUAUGGUCAAUGACGAU